AUGUCCUCCUCGCCGCCCUCGAUUCCCCUCGGCGCAAUUGCCACCAUGAACCUCGAUCCAACGAUGGGGGCAUUGUUCAUUGGCAUCCUGCUUGCUGCUAUAUUUCACGGUAUCACGACACUGCAGACGAUUUUUUAUUACACGACAUAUCCGAAGGAUAGAGGUUUAUUUAAAUUCUUGGUUGCAUUUGUAUGGGCGCUAGACACUCUAUCCUUGGCAAUGGUGUCAUUCGCAGUAUACAUGUAUGUUAUCAAAGACUUCGGGAAUCCACUAGCUCUUAUGUAUAUAAACUGGGGUGUCGCAGCCGAACCAGCAGUAUCUGGAACCAUAGCUCUCAUUGUUCACCUCUUCCUUUCAUCUCGUAUUUGGAAGUUGGACAGAAGACUAGCAUCUUUCGCCAUUAUCCUCUCAGUUAUCGCUUUCGUGCCGUUUGGCAUCAGCUUCGCCUCUGUGGGAACAAUAUUGCACAAGGGUUCCCAUUCUCUCUGGACCGAUGACCGAGACCUGCGCUGGAUGUCCAUCACUGCAGAUGUCGUGACGGUCGCGCUUGAUCUUGGAAUUUCUGCUACUAUAUGUGUCUUACUGUACAAGAGUCGAACUGGAUUUGGCAAGACAGACAAGAUUAUUACUUUCUUAACAAUUUACACCAUCAAUAGCGGACUACUUCCCACCAUGGUCAGCAUGGGUGGAAUGAUCGCGUACCUGGUAUCCCCGAGCACGCUCAUUUUUGAGGCCUUCAUUGUGACUAUCUCUAAGGCCUAUAGCAACACGUUCCUUGCUACACUGAAUAGUAGGCAGUCUAUUAUGGGUCGUGCAAUGGACGAUUCGAGUCUUGCCGCGACGUCCGGUAAACAACAGCUCCAUCUUCCAUUGCGAAUCCCACCACUCUCUUCGGUCAAAGAGUCCGACUUUGUUGACACCGACUCCGAAGUUGUUUCCCUGACGAAGUUGGGACAUGGUGACCGGAGUCGCGGUAGCAAAGGCGGGAUCGAGGUCCAUACUAUGGUCGAACAGAUGGUGGAGCCUUGA